AUGAGAAUCCAAGUGAAGGGUGGUGUUUGGAAAAACAGUGAAGAUGAAGUACUCAAAGCCGCUGUUAUGAAAUAUGGCCUAAACAAUUGGUCCCGUGUAGCAUCCCUGCUCGUCAGAAAAUCUUCCAAACAAUGUAAGGCUAGAUGGUAUGAAUGGCUUAGCCCAUAUGUACGUAAAACUGAGUGGACUAGGGAAGAAGAGGAAAAGUUGUUACACCUAGCCAAAUUAUUUCCUACACAAUGGCGAACCAUAGGACCACUAGUAGGCCGUACUGCCUAUCAGUGCUUGGAACACUAUGAGAGACUUCUAGAUAAGGCCCAGGGCCGUGAAAAUGAGGAUGGAUAUGAUCCGAGGAAACUCAAGCCUGGUGAAAUCGACCCAUUUCCCGAGACCAAACCUUCUAUGGCUGAUCCUGUGGACAUGGAUGAUGAUGAGAAAGAAAUGCUUGCUGAAGCUAGGGCUAGGCUCGCCAAUACCCAAGGCAAAAAAGCAAAGCGAAAAGCCAGAGAAAAGAUGUUAGAACACACACGACGAUUAGCUGGGCUACAAAAGAGGCGGGAAUUGCUCGCCGCUGGUAUCACAACAGGAAUGCCUAGGCUGAAGAAGAUCCGAAUUGACUAUGAAAAGGAAGUGCCACUGGAACAAAAACCACCCGUUGGAUUUUAUCCAGUUGGCGAAGAUGAGAAGCCCGAAGUGGACGUAGCUACUGCAAAUGCAGGGCUUGUACAAUUGGAAGCGCAAAGGAGGGAUGAUGAAAUGGCAAAAUUUAAGAAGGAUGAUCUAAGAAAAUUGAAGAGGUUACAGGAAGAAAAUCUCCCAGCUGCGCUGGAGAUUUUUGAGAAACAUAACCCUUUUUCCCAGAUGAAACGAUCUAAAUUACUCUUGCCUGAACCCCAAAUUGCAGAUGAUGAGAUGGUUGAAAUUGUCAAAAUGGGUGUAAAUGUAUCCAACAUAACUGCAGGUCUUGAUGAUUCUGCUACUGUAUCUUCCUUUGUCCCACCAAGAACGCCACUAAAGGGAGAUGCAAUUAUGACACAAGCAAGGAACGCUGCAAUAUUGGGUUCCAUGCAAACGCCAUUAGAAGGGGGAACAAAUCCAAUGCUUAGUGAGCCAGGUACUCCAAUGGGUGCAGCAAGAACCCCCAAUGUAAUUGGACAAAUUUGGGGGUCAACUCCUUUCGGGGCCCAAAAUUCAAUUUCCGGAACGCCAUUCCGAGGCACCCCCUUUAGGGACAAUGAAAGUGUUGCUACGGAUAUGGAUCCAAUUGGGGCUAAGGCACGACUUGAUAUGGCGAAGUUGCAUGUACGGGCUAGUAUUGCAAACCUCCCAGCACCUACAUCGGAGAUUGAGAUUGACCUGCCUUCAGUUGUUCUCCCUGAGAAUAAGACGGAUGAGGAGGUUGAUAAAGGUGCUAUAAAACAAGUGAAAUCUAGUGCCAUAGAACUUAACUUGCCUCGUCCAUUCAUCUUCAGUUCUAUAGUUAUUGAGAACCAGUAUGACCGGAAUAGCAAUCCAGAGGCGUUUAUUAUUGAGCAAGAAAUCAAUAAUGAGAUGUUUAAGCUACUGGCAAAUGAUUCUAUUACUUAUCCUCAAAAGGGGGCAGUUCCCGCACAGGAGGUACCUGAUCUGGACGAUUUUGAUCCGGAAAUAAAAGAAAAGGCCAAAGAACUCCUCCAAUCGGAGCACAAGAGGGUUUAUGAAUAUCAACUCCAGAAUGGUUUAUCUAUCGAGCUUUCAAUUGACCAAUGGAUGGAAUCCUAUUCCAGCAUAAUUUACUCAACAAACCAGAAGAAGUACUGCUUUGACCAAUCAAUACUAGAGCAAGAAAGAUUGGAUAGUAGAAAAUUGUAUUGCAGCAGAUUAUUAAAGCACGUAAAAAUUGCUUCACACCGUUGUACACAACUUGAGAAGCGAUAUUUAGUAUACACCCGUGGGUAUAAGGCAAAGGUGGAGGAGCUAGAAACAGCUAUUGAUAAUUUGCAUAAUAAUUUGGCGGAUUUGAAGAGGAAGAUUGAAUUGGUUAGUGGUGAUAGAGAUAUUCACUUUGCAGAGGUAGUUAAAAAGAGGGAAUUGAAUAAGUUGGAAUCUGAGGAAGAAUUUCAUGCACAUCUGCAGGCCAAAUAUCGUUUACUCAAGUGUUUAUAG